AUGUUCUUCCAAUCCAUACCAGCUAAAGAUAAAAUUACUUUUACGAACAAAGAAGGUAAAAAAAAAGGUGGUUCUAAAAUCAGGUUCAGAAAUGGUUUCUGUUCGGAAGUUUUAACAUCGGUUGAUAUUCAAGAAAUAGUUACAGCUGGUGAACGAAUUAUUAGAAUAUUAGAUGGUAUAGUAUACGAAGAAAAUUUUAAAACUCCACCAUAUAGAGACUAUAUUUUAAUUUUGAGAGAUCUAAAAAAUAAAUAUAAACGAGAAGCGCCAAAAGUCAAAUAUAAUAUCAUUCUAACUUCUGAUGAAAUUCUAAAAGAAAAGAAAACAUUUAAGGGUCACUCUAAUGAUAAGAUAAUUGUAGAAGAUUAUAUUCGAUUAGCUAGUGGACAUGAUGUAACGAAUGAAUUUAAGAAAAGAUGGAAAACGAGUUUCACCAAUGGAGUAGUUAUUCCAAAGGAUGAUGAUAAACAAAAAUUACUUAAUUUCUCUUUAACAGUUUUCUUGGUUUCUUUACCAAAUCAUUUUCCAAAUUCUUUAACUCUACCUCCUGAACCUUUUGCUGACUUUUCCAUUACUAAAUUAUAUCUACGUUCUUCAGCGUUUUUAUCGUCAUCUGUUUUCUUUUUAUUAACGGCCUUUGCUAUACCAGCAACAGCACCACCAGCAGUGGCAGCAGCGUUAAUACCAGCUAAUAUCAAAGUUGGUGAAGCUGUUUCAAUAGCUUCUAUUAUUUUCAUAACUAAAGAUUCUGGCUUCAUUUUUUAA